AUGUCGGCCUCUAUAUCAGUCCGUCCAGAUGGAGUCGGCGUGCUGACUAUGAACAGCCCGCCGGUGAACUCGCUUGGCACGAGCCUGGUGACCUCGUUCAAGCAGGAGUUCCCGAAGCUCGUCCAGGAUCCAAAGGUAAAAGCUAUCGUGGUUACCGGCAGCGGCUCGAUGUUCUCGGGUGGUGCCGAGAUCACCGAGUUUGCCAUGAUGGUGGCAAUGGGUGAGGCCGAGAUGAGGAAGAACAAUCCCGUGGCGGCCCUGAGCGAGAUGAUGGACACGAUCGAUGCCUCGCCCAAGACAGUGGUAGCAGCUCUCAACGGUCCAGCCUUGGGUGGUGGCUGCGAGGUGAGCUUGGCGUGCCACUACCGUGUUGCGGCGCCGAAGGCAUCCGUUGGCUUUCCGGAGGUGAACCUGGGCUUGCUGCCGGGUGCACAGGGCACUCAGCGGCUUCCUCGCGUGGCCGCUCUCCCUGUUGCGCUGCCGAUGAUCUUGCAGGGACGUCCCAUGAAUGCGGAAGCCGCAAAGAAGAACGGCAUCAUCGACGCGGUCGCCAAAGGAGAUGUGGUGGAUGAGGCUGCAGAGUUUGCGCUGACGCAUCCGCCAGCCCCCAUCUCCAAGCGAGAGGUGCCUAAGACCAACCGUUUCAUGAUGGCAGCCGGAGGUUUGGAGGGGGCAUUGAAUACGGCCUUCAACGCACAGCCUUUGAUGGUGGCGCCUGGCGGCAUCAUCAAGUGUUUCGAGGCUGCCUGUUCGGGCAAGAGCUUCAGAGAGGGCGUGGCCGUCGAGAUGGAGGAGUUCACGAAGCUGGUCUUCUCCGUGCAAUCAGCCGCUCUGAGACACCUCUUCCUGGCCGAGCGCAUGGCGCAGAAAGUGCCUGGCGUCAAUGAGAAGCCAGCGCCGCUGAAGAAGAUUGGCAUUCUGGGUGCCGGACUCAUGGGCGGCGGCAUCGCCAUGUGCUUCGUGCAGAAGGGAGUUCCGGUUGUCUUGAAGGAUGCGAAGCAGGAGUGGCUGGAUGAUGGCAUGAAGAAGAUCCAGGGACUCUGGGGUGGUCAGGCCAAGAGGGGCCGAUUGAGCCAGGACAAGUACAAGCAGUACAUGAGCCUUCUGAAGCCGACGCUCGACUAUGCCGACUUCAAGGAUGUGGACAUGGUCAUUGAGGCGGUUCCAGAAAUUAUGGACCUGAAGAAGCAGGUUUUCCUCGACAUUGAGAAAAACACCAAGCCGGAUGCUCUGAUCUGCACCAACACAAGCGGGCUGAACAUCGACGAUAUCGCAGCGGUGCUCAAAGAUCCUUCUCGUGUCAUGGGAACCCACUUUUUCUCACCCGCCAACGUGAUGCAGCUGCUUGAGAACGUGCGAACAUCCAAGUCCAGCACCAAAACGUUGGCCACCGGAAUGGCCAUGGGCAAGCUGAUCAGCAAGAAGGCGAUCAUGGUGGGCAACUGUGAUGGCUUCGUCGGCAACCGAAUGCUUGCGCCGUAUGCUGGGGAGGCGAAGAUGGUCCUGGAGGAAGGUGCCAGCAUCGAGCAGGUCGACGCCGCGGCGCAGAAGUUCGGCAUGGCCAUGGGUCCGAUGGCCUUGGGUGACUUGGUGGGCUUGGAGCUUUUCUGGAAGCAGCGGAAGGCGGCCGGUGACAUGCAGAAGCAGACCAAGACCUACUAUGGUCCGUAUGAGCUGACGGACUGGCUGUGCGAGCAGGGCCGCUUUGGCUUGAAGACCCCCGACCCGAAGAUCAAGGCCAACGGCCGCGGCGUUUUCAUUCACCGUGGUCGCAGCAAGGAGGUGGAUCCCGAGGUCGUCGCAAAGCUGGAUGAGGUUCGCAAGGCGAAGGGCAUGACACCUCGGGCCGUUUCCGACGAGGAGAUUUGCGAGAGGCUCUUCUUCUCCAUGAUCAACGAGGGCUUCAAGAUCCUCGAGGAAGGGUAUGUGGCCCGAUCCUCGGACAUCGACCUGGCCUACAUCUAUGGCUACGGCUUCCCCCCUGCCAAGGGCGGCCCCAUGUUCUACGCCGAGAACUAUGCCGGGUUCAAGAAGAUCCUGGAGCGCGUGAAGUACUACCACGAACAGGCGAAGGAGCGGUUCACCAAGAACUCCAACUACUUGCCAAUCGACUAUUUCGAGCCCUCCAAGCUGCUGGAGGCCUGCGCGGCCAAGGAAGGCACAAAGGUGUUCCCCGGCCAGACACUGAUCGACGUGGUGCUGGCCGACUUCCGCAAGAAGGGUUCUGCUCCUGGCCCGUUUGCAAAGCUUUGA